GUUUUUUAUAUCAAUAAGACUUGGAAUUCAAUAUUAUAUUCUCUGUGUCAAUUCUGAUUGGUUUUUAUACAUUUAUACUGUAAUAUAGUGGCUCUUUAGGAUUUCUAUAUUAUAUUAUACUAUAUUGUUAUAAAACAAACAAUGAAUUCAGCAAGAUUGGUUAGAUUUGCUGUCUUUGCAUUUUGUUUAAUCCUUUGUGGAUUUAUACUUUCAAAGGGAUCAGGUACAGCAUAUAUUUCCAGAUUACCACUUGAGAAGGAAACCGAUGGCCAAUCACUGGCUGCAGGAACUGGAUCAGCUUCAGGUGAAGUGGUUGAGAAUAAUGACAACGACAUUAGCUUGAUAAAUAAUAAAGAUAGUAGUAAUAUUCAAAGUACAAGUUCCAAUGCCAAUGAUCCACAAAAAAUUUUCACUGACCCAGAUGGAUACCAAAAAAUCAAAGCUCCUGCCUUAAACGUUGAUGAAGGUGAUAGAAUAAAAGCUACUUUUGUGACAUUGGCCAGAAAUUCCGAUUUAUGGAGUUUAGCCGAAUCAAUUAGAGCAGUUGAAGAUAGAUUUAAUAAUAAAUUUCACUACGAUUGGGUUUUCCUUAAUGAUGAUGAAUUUUCCGAAGAAUUUAAAAGAGUAACUACAUCAUUAUGUUCGGGUACAACAAAAUAUGGAUUUAUUGAAAAGGACCAAUGGGGAUUCCCAAGUUGGAUCGAUACCGAAAAGGCUGCAAAAGUUAGACAGGAAAUGAAAGAGAAAAAAAUUAUUUACGGGGAUUCAAUUUCAUACAGACAUAUGUGUAGAUAUGAAUCUGGGUUCUUCUUCAGACAUAAACUAAUGGAAGAUUAUGAAUGGUAUUGGAGAGUAGAACCUAGUAUCAAAAUAUAUUGUGAUAUUAAUUAUGAUAUAUUCAAAUUUAUGAGAGAUAAUAAUAAAGUCUAUGGUUUCACAAUCUCAUUGCCAGAAUAUAAAGAAACUAUUCCAACAUUGUGGGAGACAACAAGAGAGUUUACAAAAGAGCAUCCUGAAUAUUUACCAGAAAAUAAUAUGUUAGAUUUUAUCUCGGACGAUAAUGGCAACACGUAUAAUGGCUGUCAUUUCUGGUCUAAUUUUGAAGUUGGUUCAUUGAGUUUCUGGAGAAGCGAUGCAUACUUGAAAUAUUUCGAACACCUAGAUAAAGCCGGUGGAUUCUUUUAUGAAAGAUGGGGUGACGCACCAGUCCAUUCAAUUGCUGCAGCAUUGUUCUUGCCUAGAGACAAGAUUCAUUUCUUUGGAGACUUGGGUUAUUACCAUGUUCCAUUUCAUAACUGUCCAGCAGACAAAGACAUCAGAGACCAAAACAGGUGUUUGUGCAACCCCAAAGACGACUUCACAUGGAAGGGCUACAGUUGCGUCGGCAAGUACUUUAGUGUCAACAAGUUGAAGAGACCCUCAGGAUGGGAAGAUCUCACCGAUUAGACAGUGCGUUGAAGAUAUCCCACCAGCAUUUAUAAUACUAUUUUCAAUACAACUGAGAUGACAUUCAAUUCUCC